GGCAACUUGAAGGGCCGCGACCAUUGCCGAAACUGAUCAUUUCUUUACAUGAAGCUGCCCUUUUGCUUCCACUUUGUUCCAAGCGUUCCCCAUAAGAUCCAAACGAGCAUUUCGGCGUAAAGAAUAUGGUGUACUGCGGCAAGCCAAGUAGGGGUUGUCAGAACUGCAAGACGCGCAGGAUCAAAUGUGACGAAGGCCGCCCUUGCUGUGGCCAGUGUAUCAAGUCGAAGAGAGAAUGUCCUGGAUAUCCCGAUGAAUUCGACUUGAUUUUUCGCAACGAAACCGCCGCUGUUAAGAAGCGAGCCCAGCGAGCGGCGUCAACUUCGUCAUCGAAGGGCGAAUUCCAGAAACCGAGAAGAGAUUCAGCAUCUCCAUUGGAAGCAGCCACAGUGUGGCAAGAUUCACCGACGAGAAACAGUCCCAAGGCCGACCGGCUUGAAUGGACGAACAAGACCUCCAGCACUCUCGCAAGGUACAACGAGUCGCAAACCACCAUUUUGAACUUCGAAUGGCAGAACCCACUGGAAUCAAAGGUUUUCAAUUUUUCGCACCCGGAAUCCGCACCGGCAGUGCUUCCAGCGACCGCCAGGAGUCAAAAGCCAUCUUCGCGCGACGUGCUGUCCUCUCCACGAUGCAUGGACACGCCUGGGACGAGGAUGAAUUUCGCCAUCACUUUUUUCUUCCGCCAUCUCGUCCAGAUGCCGCGUUCAAAGGACUCUGUGCGAGGCUGUUUAGAGGUUCUUGGCCCAAUGUACAUGAAGGCAAGAGCCGAUUCCAUACUGCACCAAGCAACGCAUGCCAUGGCGUUAGCCUGUCUGAGCAACGGGAAAAGGUCGCCUCUUAUCAGGAUGGAGGCUCGAAAGCUAUAUGCUAAGGCUUUGCGAGACACCGGAGAGGCUCUUCAAGACCCGGCGCAGGCUAGGAGCGACGAACUCCUCAUGUCGAUCUUGCUCUUUUCCAUGUACGAGACAAUCACUUCGACGGACACUUCAAGGAUGCUUUGGACUCGACACAUAAAUGGUGCAGUGGCUCUAGUUAAGUUACGUGGGGAACAGAUGUUGUCGAAUCCGGUGUCGCUACAUUUGUUCCAGACCGUUCGGUCGAACAUGUUGACGUCCACAAUUCAGCAACAAAGGACGGUAGAGGAUUUUCCGAGCCCCAAGGGAUGGCAUUGCGAUGAAGAUAUGGAUAUCAAUGCUGCUAACAGGCUGACGCUCAUCUGUAUCAAUCUGCCUAAUAUCAAGUACUAUGCACAAAACCUUUUGACCAAAGAGAAAAACGCAAACACGGUUAAGGAGAUGAUGAAGUUGAUUCAGGUAGCAAAAGAAGUCGACAGUGCACUUGAGCACUGGGCGUUGACCCUAAGCGAUCAGUGGGAACCGAGGGUGAAGAUGACAGUCCCCGAAGAACCAGAAGAUGUUACAACGGCACAGUUUUGGAAAGGGCCUGUGUAUGUGUACGCUGAUCUCAGCAUGGCCAGCGUGUGGAACGACUACAGAAUCAGCCGAAUAUUCUGUCAAUCGGUCAUACUUGGCUGUGUCGCAGCUCUACCGUCGCAUCUGCGGUCAGCGCAGAUCCAGCGAAUUCUCGACCUUGCCGUGAGGAUAACACAGCAGAUGGUGGACGACUUCUGCGCCACCGUGCCGUACUUGUUCGGGCUAAGCAGCGAAUUCGAGGCCAACAAAGUCGGCAUCUUGGACCAGCUAGCUUUGAGAGCCACAGGGGCGUACUACGCAGCGUGGCCUCUGUGGGUCACGAACAAGAUCCCGACCGUGCCAGAAAAACAGCGGCAAUGGUUGCUGUCGAAGUUCUUGCUCAUUGGCAAGACCUGGGGCUUGACGGAGGAACAGAUGCUGAACAUGGCCCAGAGACAAGCUAUGACGGCAGGGCCGCAGUUCUCAUACGAGGAAUACGGGGAGUUGAAGAGGUCGAACGUUUCGCCGAGGCCUUGCGGCGCAGAGUAUGUUCAUGCACUCUCUCCAAUGGGCACAAGCUUCGUGGGGAAUGGUGGACGGUAUGCGUAGGUUCCAUCAUCAAGAACUUUUGUAGUUAGUCUUGAGUCAAGGACUACAGAGCAGUGAGUUCCAGACAAGACCAGCUAAUCGCGCGAGGCGAGGAAGGGGUCGUUUGCAGUCCGGCAUUUUGACUGCGUGGAAAUUCCUGCUUUCUUACGUGUGCAAGGAGCGGCGCACUAUACAUAGUCAGACUGUGACUUGCGAACCCACAGAAUGAUUGAACUGGAAGUGUGCGAUCACUUGCAAGCUCGUGCGAAACAUUCCUGAUGU